GCAGUCAACUCGAGGCAUUAGUAACAAACAAAAUGUUUGCCAAAAUUUCAGUCCUUUGUGCGGUGGUAGCGGUGUCCAGCGCUGGUCUUUUACACCACGCGCCUGCUGUGUCAUCCCAGAACAUUAUCCGUCACGAUAAUGUUCACGAAACGCCAGUGCACUAUGAAGCUCCUGUACACGCCGCUCCCGCUUACCAGGCGGCUCCAGUCCACACUUCAGUGGUACAUGCCGCCCCAGCCUAUCACGCUGAGCCUGCCUACCACGCCGCACCUGCCUACCAUGCCGCGCCUGCUUACCACGCCGCCCCUGUCCACGCCGCCCCAGUUCACGCUGCCCCUGCUCAUGAAGACCACUAUGUAGAUGAAUACGCUCACCCCAAAUAUGGAUACUCCUACUCCGUUGAAGACCCUCACACCGGCGACCACAAGUCCCAGCACGAGACCCGCGACGGUGACGUCGUAAAGGGUGAAUACUCCCUCCUGCAACCCGAUGGCUCCUUCCGCAAGGUCACUUACACCGCUGACCACCACAAUGGAUUCAACGCUGUGGUACACAAUUCGCCGCCGGUCAUCCAUCAUCAUUAGAUACUCCAACCUGUGAUAUUAGAUUAGGAAAUAUUAGACUCUAUAGACUUCGAAUGUUUCUUCUGCAUCUUCGUGUAUUAGUUCUUCAAACUGUCUUGUGUAUAAAUUGUUACAUUAACAGUAUUAGUGCAAAUUCUAAACCUUACUAGUACUUUCUUAUUGUCUUGCUCUUCCAACCUUGUUUUCUGUUUCUUGAUUUCAAUCUGUGCAAUUAAUGAUCGGUUAAUUAGUACAUAAUAAUGAAUAAAUGUGAUACCAAAAAA